CUCCCGUAGCGCAGUCGCCGGUUGCCCAAUCUUCUAUCCAGUCUCUAGUCCAGUCACUCAUUCAUCAUCCUGGUCAGUUCCCUGACCUACAGCCACAGCAUUCAGAGCCAACUGUGAGCUGUCCCGCUCCUCAGCCAGGGGUUUCCGCACCCACGCCGUCUCCUGCAGCUGCUCCUCCGUCACCGCCGGCUCCCACGCCGUCUCCUGCAGCUGCUCCUCCGUCACCUUCUCCUCGUCCACGUUGGAUUCGGCGUCAGCGUGCUGAGGAAGGUUACUUCACAGGGAUGUUGCUGAAAAAGUCACGAGUCACAUUGGUGGAGAGUGAGAUAGUAGCUUAUCGCACCACUAAGAUGAUGAGGAACCUGCUUGUCGCUCAGGUGAUCGUUGACGGCCAGAAGCUGUGCCUGAUGACAUCCCACCUUGAGAGCGGUAAGGCAAAUUCGAAAGAGCGUAUGAAUCAGCUGCAUGUGGUGAAGUGGAGGUUUAAACGUGCACCUGAUGACGUCACCGUUGUGUUUGGGGGAGACACAAACCUGAGGGAUGAGGAGGUACCCAAGGUGGGCCUGCCUGCAACUGUCUGUGAUGUGUGGGAGCAACUGGGCAAGCAGGAGCACUGCCGCUACACAUGGGACACCACUACUAACACCAACAAGAAAGCUUCCUUUCCUGUUCGCUUCCGCUUUGACAGAAUCUACCUCCGCCCAGCUGUCAGACGUGGAGUCCCUCGUCUGGCCCCUGAUCACAUGGCCUUGGUGGGGCUGGAGAAGCUGGACUGUGGCCGCUACACUAGUGAUCACUGGGGAAUCUACUGCACCUUCUCAGCUGAAUAGAACUACACAAAACAACCAGAAACAUGACAGUUAAGCAUUUUAUUUUAGAUCAGCCGCUCUUUAAAUCACAGUAACGCUAUGCAGGAAGAUGUUCCUCACCUUAAUUUAAUCAGUUUUAUCCUCUAAUGUGUGUCUGCUUAAGUGUUUUAUGUGGUGUAAAUGACAAAUUAAAAUAUGAAAAGCACCAAUAAAUUAUAUUGAUAUGCCCUUACAUUGAUGGAUGAAAAGUCCAUUAGCAGAAGUCUGACAGCUCCUCAGCUUUUAACCUUGUUACAUGAUCUUCCUCAGUGGAUGGAGUUGGGACUGAAAAACACCACACACAGCAUGAGAAACCCCACUGGGAUGUUACUCUGUAUGUAAUACAAGCAUCAGGCCACUAGAGAGCAGUACACAGGUGAAUAGCAACUGUUUAAACAGUGACUUACAGGACUGAAAGUAGUGUUAUGGGAAGUCGUAAUGGUGAGUCCAACUUUUAACAGCUACACACGUAGCCUGAAGUUGUUGAUCCACUGAUUUAACAGCUACAUGCUGCAUCCAUCCACUCUCUUCUGUUUAUCCAAUUCAGGGGCUGGAGCCUAUCCCAGCUAUUAUAGGGCAAGAGGCAGGGUACACCUUAGACGUGGUAAAAAGUGAUUUUGCCACAUGUGUUUGUGUUUUGUGUGACAUUAAAGGAAAUAAAAUUUGGCAUGUUUUAUUAAGGAUGGAAAGCCCCCACCCCUGGUUAAUAUUUCUAUUUGUUGUAAUAAAGUUUGUAAUUAAUAAAUGUAGUUAUUUCAAACUCAAA